UAUUAAACCUUGUAUUUCCCCAAAUAAGCCCAUUAUAAUCAUCUUUUCCCAAGCUUCCUUCCCCAAUUCACUGAACGAUCCCGAAUCUCCAUUUCCGCCGGCGUCUUCUCAUCUUGGAAGGUUCUCCACCGCCACUCACUUCAUCACAGCUCGAAGGCUUGAUGUGAAGUAAAAUCAAUAGUAUUGGGUAUCCUUUUUCCACCAGCUACAUCAAUGCAGGAAGUAAAAUCACCCGAAAGUAGGAAUGAUUCGAUACGGCUGCUGCUGCUAUUGCAUCUCACAUGUGUGCUUGGCUUAGCUUUAGCUUUCUGGGCAGCACUUGAUUUUUGUUCACUCGUGCUCAUCCAAAAUCCUUCCCAAACUCUCUUUAUUGUAUGGGCUGUGCUUGCUCUUGUUGUGAUCCCUGUCUUUAGUCGGUUUCGUAUCGAUCCUGAUCAAUGCUCUUAUGUUAAAGCUAUAGUGAGAGGACUGAUGGGUCUCCCUGCAGGUGCUUUAGUUAAUGCUCUUGGAGCAAUUGUAUUGGGCGCACCAGUUGGAAUUCAGCACUUCAAAAAGACAGUUCACUGGUCUCUUCUAAUGUCGGUUUUCACAUUUGCACCUGCAGCUUCUGUAUUUGGCUCAUCAUGGACCGACUGGCAUCGGAUAUUCGCCCACUCAAAGCCAAUGCGACCCGUAGAUUUUAUAAUCUGUUUGCCUGCACAUGGAGCCAUCAUCGGGGCUUGGUUUGGUGCGUGGCCCAUGCCUCUUGACUGGGAAAGACCCUGGCAGGAGUGGCCAAUCUGUGUGACUUAUGGAGCUAUUCUUGGCUAUUUGAUUGGCGUUAUGGCAUCAUUUGGAUCUGUUGUCUAUUAUCAUAACAGACAACAUCAUGCUAAGAGGGAAUAAAUAUGCAUUGCUUCACAGUUCUCAUCUUGUAAGUGCCUAUUUUCCUGGUCUCAAAGUAUCGAUGUGUCACGAUUCAUCCUUACUUCAUAGCGGAGGCGAACGAGGCUAAGGUGCGAUGAGAGGAUGCAUUAGAUCUCGUUCGCCUCCACUACUAACGUUGAUCACACCCAAGACUCAGAGACAGGGUGCUUUAGAUAAGUUUGCUACUUAUACAAACUGCAAAUGGCGGAGCAAUACUUUUUUAGUGAAUGUGUUGGUUUUUACUCCUUCCAUCCAUUAAAUAUAAUCAAUUUUUUAUCCACAAA